GACUUUUACUUUCAUCUCAUAAUUUGUAAACAACACAAAGUGGUGGUAAACAUUGGUUGUACAUGUACUCCAUGUGGCAAGGAAAAAUAGCGAAGUCCUUGCAAACUUUGAAAUAUUUGUCAAAUAUUUAGGAUUACUUUAAAACAAUGUCUUUAUUAUUAGUUGCUGAACUGAUUGGCCAUGAAGAUAGAGUUUGGUGUGUUGCUUGGGACCCUACCGGUCAAGUUUUAGCAAGUUGCAGCGGUGAUAAAACUAUUAGAAUAUGGAGUAAAGAACAGGAAUCUUGGAAGUCUAUUGCAAUCUUAAAAGAUGGACAUGAAAGAACCAUCCGUAGUGUUGCAUGGUCACCUUGUGGGAAAUAUCUCGCAUCUGCUAGUUUCGAUGCUACAACAUGCAUUUGGGAACGUCGUAAUGGAGAAUUCGAAUGCAUCGCAACUCUUGAAGGGCAUGAGAACGAAGUUAAAAGCGUGGCUUGGUCUAAUUCUGGUCAAUAUUUAGGUACUUGCAGUCGCGAUAAAUCAGUGUGGAUUUGGGAAGUCGAAGAUGAUAAUGAAUAUGAAUGUGCUAGCGUUAUCAAUAGUCAUACUCAAGAUGUAAAAAAGGUCCUAUGGCAUCCUCUUAAAGAUCUACUUGUCUCAACUAGUUAUGAUGACACUAUUAAAUUUUAUAAAGAAGAUAGUGAUGAUUGGUCUGUGAUCAAUACUUUAACUUCUCAUUCAUCGACUGUUUGGUCUGCAUGUUUUAACAGUGUUGGUAAUGCAUUAGCGACUUGUAGUGAUGAUAAAACUAUUAAAAUUUGGAAAGAGUAUCCUCCUGGUAAUUCUGCAGGAAUUGAAACUAUCGGCUCUGAUUCUGCAUGGAAAUGUGUGUGUACAAUAUCUGGAUAUUAUGAGAGACCUAUUUAUGAUAUAUCAUGGUGUCCAUUAACUAAUUACAUUGCCACUGCAUCAGGGGAUAACGGUAUUAAGGUUUUUUAUGAGGAUCAAAAUUCGGAAACUGAUUCACCUAGUUUUAAUUUGCUUGCUUCAGUAUCAGACGCGCAUGAAUCGGAUGUUAAUUCUGUUGUUUUUAAUCCGAAAAUAUCUGGACUUUUGGCUUCAGGAAGUGACGAUUAUACUAUUAAGCUUUGGGAAGUUAAGCCAUAAUGUAAUUAAAAUUUUGGUUGUUAUAGAACCACAACAGUUAUUUGAUUACUUAAAUAUAUUAUUUAGAUUGAAUAAUUAUAUG